CACUGUCGGUAGAAAUCUAGCGACAAACAGUGUCGGUUGUAUUGAACGAACAUGAUGUAUGGAACUUUUUAUAUAUUAUCGUGAUGAUUUUCAGUCAAAAACAUUUACCGCUAUUUUUUGUUAGAGUUCUCAUAGUUUUUGCUAAUUUUGGAUUUCCCUGGGCACAAGACAACAGAGAAUAUAAAAUAGGUGCAAUUUUUGAUGAAUCUAACUCCAAUCAAGAACGAGCUCUAAAAGAAGCUGUAAGAGAAAUUAAUGAAUUCGAUGAAGAUAUAAACUUAAGUCUCCUAAUAAAACGAAUUCCAAGGGAUAAUCCGUAUGAAGCCACCAAGGCAACUUGCGACCUUCUAGAAGAUGGGAUUGUCGGAAUUUUUGGGCCUUUUUCAGAAGACAACUCCAAUACCGUACAAUCUAUCUGUGAUUUGAAAGAAAUUCCUCAUAUAGAGGUAAGAUGGGACGACUACCCCCAAAAUGGAACAUUAGUAAAUUUACAUCCCUAUCCAGAUACACUCACCAAGACCUAUUACGACUUGAUCGUGUCGUGGGGAUGGAAAAAUUUUGUAAUUUUAUAUGAAAAUAACGAAAGUCUGCAGAGAGUGGGAGAGCUUACCAAACUUUUUGAGCCAAAGACAAACAGAAUAGUGAUGAGACAGUUGAAUUCCGUUAAGUCUGGAGGAAAUUAUAGACCCGUUCUAAAGGAAGUGUGGCGGUCUGGUGCCACUCAUUUCUUGCUAGAUUGUAGCAUUGAGAUACUCGAAGACGUGCUAAGACAAGCGCAACAAGUAGGACUGAUGACCAGCAAACAUAACUUCAUUAUCACUAAUCUGGAUUUGCACACAAUUGAACUAAUGCCUUACCAGUACAGUGAAACGAACAUUACUGGGAUGCGUUUCCUCGAUCCUGAAAAUGUGAACUUAACAGAAAAAGCAACAAAUAUUUACGAAUCUGAAAAUUUUCAAAUUUUCAUGGGCUACAGACUAAGACUUUCAGAAGCUUUAACAUACGACGCGGUGAAAAUGUUUGCAAAUGCAUUAAAGGCUUCAGAACCUCUGGUAGAACCAACAAAGAUUAGUUGCUAUAAUGGAAACGAUAAACUAAGAUCUGGAACGACUAUUGUUAAUAUGAUGAAAGGUUUGGAAUAUCCAGGUCUAACAGGAGUAAUUAAAUUCGACAUAAAGGGUUUCAGAACUAACUUUGGAUUGGAUAUUUUUGAAUUAAUGGAAGGAGGACAAACUGUUGUUGGACAUUGGAAUUCUUCGAAAAUUCCACCUCUUAAUAUUUCGCGUAUUAAUAUCCCUCCAGAAUUUGAUAGCGACGAUAUAAGAAAUAAAACAUUUAAAGUUAUGAUAACAUUGACCGAACCCUAUGGUAUGAGAGUGGACUCCUUGUUACCAUUAUAUGGUAAUGACCAAUACGAAGGAUUCGCAGUGGACAUAAUUAAAGAACUGGCAGCAAUUAGGGGCUUCAAUUAUACUUUCCUCGUAAGAGAAGAUAUGAAGAAUGGUGAACAGGACGCCAAAACUGGAAAAUGGAAUGGAAUUAUUGGAGAUCUCAUUGAUGGUGUAUCAGAUUUGGCCAUAUGUGAUUUGACCAUAACUAUGAAAAGAGCUCAAGCAGUAGAUUUUACUGGACCAUUUAUGAUGUUAGGUAUAAGUAUAUUAUACACAAAACCAACGAAAGCACCACCAAGUUUCUUCUCGUUCGCUGAUCCUUUUGCGUUUGAAGUUUGGAAGUUACUGAUUGUUUGCUGGGUAGGAGUGGCCCUGAUCCUGUUCAUCCUCGGCAGGAUUUCGCCUACGGAAUGGGAGAAUCCUUAUCCCUGCAUUGAAGAACCAGAAUACCUAGUAAAUCAGUUGGAUUUAAGAAACUGUGUUUGGUUUAUAACUGGUUCUAUUAUGCAACAGGGUUCUGAGAUUGAAUUAAAAUCUAUCUCUACCAGGAUGAUUGCCGGAAUGUGGUGGUUUUUUACUCUCCUAAUGGUUUCCUCCUACACUGCAAGUUUGGCUUCCUUUUUGACCACUGAAAAACCAGAUCCUCAUUUUGAAAAUCUCCAUGAACUUGUUGAAAAUGCUGAGGCGAAACAUAUCAGAAUAGGUGCUAAAGACGGUGGAGCAACAGAAUCAUUUUUCAAGGAUAAAUAUGCGGCUGACGAAAACGGUGAUUUUGGCAAAGCCUAUAAAUUAAUGAUGAAAAGCAGAGAAUUCCUAAAAAUCAAAGAAAACAAAGACGGCGUAGCUGAAGCUCAAAAAGGAUAUUAUGCUUUUUUCAUGGAAGACCAAUCUAUUGAAUAUGAAACUCAAAGGAAAUGUGACCUAACUCAAGUUGGAAACAAAUUAGAUGAGAAGGGAUAUGGUAUUGCUAUGAGAAAAAAUUCUACAUAUCGAAAUAGUUUAAGUACAGGAAUUUUGAAAUUACAAAAUAACGGAAAGCUGGCAGAACUGAAAAGAAAAUGGUGGGAAGAACGCAAAGGAGGGGGUCAGUGUUAUGAUGAUGGUGGCAGUUCCGAUGCAACACCACUGAAUUUAUCAGGUGUAGAAGGUGUAUUUUGGGUUACGAUAGGUGGUACCAUUUUAGCAAUAUUUUUUGCAAUUUUGGAAAAUUCCAUGUAUAUACUCAAAAAGUCGAGAAGGACAGGAGUCCCAUUUUUGGAAACACUAAAGGAUGAAACCAAAUUUUAUUUCAGAUUUGGUGAAAUGGAAAAAGAAGUUGGAAUGACCGAAGAAAGCACAAAAGAAGGAUCAGAAGAAAACGGUGAAAUACCAUACGGAUUUGUACAAAAGGAAGGUAGCGCUGAAACAAUACAAAGUAAAAAAAGUAAAAAGAGAAGAAGCAGGAGCAGAAGAAGCAGAAGUAAAAGAAGCAGGACAAAUAUGGAGUUAAGACCUCCUAGCGUUAGAUCUCCUAGCCGGAAACCUCCUAGCGUCAAUAGUAAUCAAACCGGCUGGUUAAAUAAUGAAAACUAAUUUAAUUACAAUUUGUAUUCAAUUUAUUGGUAAAAUGUAGUUUUAGUCGUUAAACCAAACCAUUGUUUUAGG